AUGGGUAGGUCAUCAGGAAUUGUUUGUCUGAUGGUGAUGUGCAUGGUACUGAGUGCACCUCAUGCACAAGCAACCAUAACAUGUGGUGACGUGACAGGUUACAUAUCUCCUUGCCUUGCCUACGCAAUGAAUGGCGGGGGUUGCCCCGCCAACUGCUUGCUGGAAGGAGUUAAAGGCCUCAAUAACGCUGCCGCCACUACCUCCGACCGUCAGGCAACUUGCGAGUGUCUUAAAACACUCGCAGGCUCCACCUCUUUCUCCCACGCCGCCGAAAUUCCAGACAAAUGCGGUGUUCAUAUUCCAUACACAAUCUCCCCCUCCACAGACUGCACCAAGGUGACUUAA